ACAACCGCUUCAAGUUAUAAGUAAUUUAAUUUCGAUGAAGGGAGACAAUACGCGCGUCAAGUGCGUCGAGGUGCAAGACCGUUAAGUGGUGGAAAAGGGAUGGGAUAGGCGAUUGUCGUUUUUCCCAUUUUCCGUACUUUGCGAACUGAACACUUCUGUUCAGUACCCCGGCGUCAGUCGUAGCUGGCGGUUGUCUCUGUGUCGGUUUAUCUCGCGCUCGCGAGUGUAUUCGUAUUACGAUGAGUGGUGUAUUUUAUUCGAAGUGUGAUUUGUGAGUGUUGAAAGUGGUUCGUGUAUCGGCUGGAGGUCCGCUGCUACACUGCGCUAAAAUGCUAACCAUGAACCGACUAAUCGGCAUCACACUGAUCACCUCUAUAGUACCAACCGUCUACUCUGAAAAAGACCGAGAACACCAGGGUCCACAAACAUGUGGGGGCCACUUUAAAGGCCCAAUAGGCUCCUUUGGCGUUAUUAAUACUCCUAAUUUCCCCAACGCCUUCACGACGCCAAUUAAGUGCAAGUGGGUGAUCGAGCGUUUGAACGACACGGGAACUAUAUCGAUAUACUUCACGCAGCAGUACACCACUACUGGGCUGACGUUCACAGAGUACCUGUACUACGAUGAAACGUACAAGGCGGGGGAGAGGCGAGCGUUUACGGUGACGGAGGAGAACAUCACUAGGGUGAAAUGGCUUCAGAUUAACAGCCCGGUCCUCGUAGUCGAGCUUAAGCUGAACAGGCUGGAGGGCACGCAGCUGCGGGCUCUUGGGCUACUCUCGGUGUUCGGGUUCAACAUGACGUACGCCGUGCGCGGCCCCGCCGAGCCGCCGGGCCCGCACUCCUGCAGCGCCAUCGAGUGCCGACUGCUGGGGCACUGCUACGCUAGCCACGACUACAGGGAGUUUUUCUGCGCGUGUUUUGAGGGCUACUCUGGUGCGGACUGCGGCGUUGGCCCACUCUGCCCGCGGACCAACAUGUGCAAAAACGGCGGGACCUGCAGUCAGAUGGGCCCCGCGGCAGUGAGCUGCGCGUGCACAUCGGGUUUCACCGGCGAUUUUUGCGAAUCGCAAAAUUCCGCACCAGUGUGCGGAAUAGAAGAAUGCUCAGAGAGUUGUAAGGAGGGUCGAAACUGUGAUUGCGAUCCCAAGGACUCGGAUUCCAAUUUGGCGAGGUUUGAAACAAAAUUGCAAAUUGUGGACCAAACGGAUAGCGACAUAUCUCAAGAAAUAGUGAAACAGAUAACGAGCCACUUAAAAAUAUCAAAUAUCACGUUAGAAGCUGAAAUUGAAAUUUUAAAUAUAAGUUCUGCGGACUCAAAUGGCGCGCGUACCGUGUGGCUGCGCGUGUGGGGCGCGCGGCGCGAGGCGGGCGCGGUGAAGGCGGCGCUGGCGGCGCUCGCGGGCUCGCGGUCGCGCGCCGUCCGGCUUCGCCUGCUCAACUUCGACAUGCAGCCGGCGUUAACGCUACACGCUUUGAUAAUGAACCAGCGGCCCGAAGUGUGGGAAGGCUCGGAGUUUAUCCUCAGCUGUAUGGCCUACGGCUCCCCUGACAUUGCUUUCACCUGGUACAAAGACGGUGUCAAAGUCAACUUCAACGGAACCACCAGGGAUAUUUGGACCAGAACGGUGGCAGAGGACGCGUUAGGGCGUCGAAUGUCGGUACUAGGCAUAACAGAGGCGAAGACGCCCGACAGCGGGCGCUGGUCGUGCUCGGCCGACGACGCGGGCCGCAGGCGGUGCCGCGCGCUGGAACUGCACGUGCUCAAGCCGCCCGACAUCAGGCUACUGCCUACUGCCCUCACUGUCAAUAAGGGUGAUAACGUGAGCAUAACGUGCCUGGCCGUGGCGGGGCGAAUACACGGUGUUCUUGGCUUCAGUUGGGCGCUGGGCAAGAAUCUGCUGCCCAUGGUGCCCGGCCGCGAAGUCUGGGAAGACCUUUACCCUGCCGGCAGCGUGCUCAAGCUUUUCGAUGUUCAGAAAUCGGGCCAAUAUAAUUGCCAAGUAUCAUCGGUAGCAGGGACCAACUCCAAAGGAGUCACCAUGUGGGUGCUGAGUCCAAAUGACGAGGCAUGCGAGGCGGAGGCUUCACACGGGCUGCGAUGGCCGAGGACCGCUCCAGGGGCACAUGCCUCAGCCGUAUGCCCACCUGGACACAGCGGAGAAACCACUAGAUUUUGUGAGCCAAAGACUGGUCAGCAUGGAGUAAAGUGGCUAUUACCUGACUUCUCCGGGUGUAUUGCAGAUUCAUUGAAAAACAUUUAUGAACAGUUCAGUCGAAUAUACCACGGCUACUCCUGGGGUAACGUGUCCGACAUAGCUCGCCAAUACGGGGCGGUGCUGCGCUCCCUUCCCUCGCAUCCCGGCGAGGGCACCCUGCCCUUACAACAUUCCCGACAAAUGCUGUACUACCUACUCUCCGCCGCUGGGAAGCCAAAGGACCGGACGGAGAGCGUGCCGCAUCUUCUUAAGAUAUACGACACACUUUUAAAGCAUCCAGACACCUUUUUAGAUGAAGAGAAAAUAUACGAGCUCCAAAACGCCAUCGCAGACGCCGCAGGCAUGCGAGACAAUCACGACCUCCACCUGCACCAUUUUGAUCAUUUCUCGGUGAAAACCAAGCCCGUUUUGGAAGAUAACGCUGCACAUUUCAAGAUGCAUGCGGAGCGCACCGGUACGGAGGAAUGGCUACUCGCCUCAGUGGGCGUAGAGCUGGUGGGAAGGAACGGGAAUGCGUCGGUUAUAGCUAUUCAAUAUCACAACCUUGGCACUCGACUGCCUUCGCUGGGCAGGUCUAUUGAAUUCAAGAGCGGCCGCGAGAUGGAGUUCCUGGUGGCGUCGCCGCAGACGCAGCUGUGGGGCGCCGGCGCCGGCCUCGACCGCGCGCUGCCGCACACCGUCACGCUGCUCUUCACGCAUGUGCACAACUACAGCGCAGUCGCGUCGAAGCUGGCCUGCGGUGUACGCACGGUGGAUGAGCCGCGCGCAUGGAGCACAAAGGCUUGCGAAGUGCGAGUCACCGAGCCUACACAUGUGACGUGCCGCUGCCGAGGGCUGGGCACUUACGCACUGUUCACCAUCGCUAGAUCCACUCUAACUGACGUGGAGAAAGAUCUCCGUGGAAUAGUAAAAAUCACAGUCGGUCUCGGUGGCGCCAUGUGCUUGGCGGCAGCAGCGCUACAAGUGCUGGGACUAGCAUCGGGGAGGAAGGCGCGGCUGCCUGUGCUACUGAAGGCGGCCACAGCAGGAACACAUUCCGCAGCGCUCUUGGCGUUACUCGAGUGCGAUACUAGAGAGGAGGAGGCAUGCCCGGGCGCACUGGGCUGGGUGUGCGCGGCGUGCUGGUGCGCCGGCUGCGCGGCGUUGUGCGCACAGCCGCUGCUGCUGCAAGCCGAGUUGGCCGGCCGUCAGCAACGGGCGCCGUCCGUAGGGCUACUGGCAGGAGUGUGCACUCUGGCGUGGCUGACGGCGCGGUUAUGGGGCGGUGCGCCUCUACAACUGGGCGCAGCGGCGCAAAUUGUGUGCGCUGCCGGCUGCGCGCUGCUAGCGUUGCUGUGCCUCGCGCUUGCUUUGUGCGCUGCGUUGCGAUUACGCACUAUCACGCAUAAGGUUCCUGCCGAACGUCGGAGCUACCUCGCUGACCGGACGCGCGUGGUUCGACACACACUAGCGUUGCUGCUAACUACUUCGGCGGCACAAGCGGCGGGCGUGGCGUACGCGCAGCCGGGCGAGCGACGCAUUUCGCACGUCGCUGCGCUCUCCGCCGCGGCCCUCGCCAACGGCCUCGCUAUGUUAAUAUGCUACGUAAUCCGCGACGAGGAGUGCCUGCGAUCAGCCAGGCGCGCACUCUCUAUGGGCGAGCCUAGGGAGUGGCAAGACUCGCCCGCUGGCGAUACCUCGCUUAGUUUGUACAUAAAACAAGGCGGUGAGGUGGAGAGCCGCGGUGGCGUGGGGACCUUAGAGUGUUCGCCGACGCCCUCGUCGCCCGGCGCCUACUGGCGCGCGCCCGCGCCGGCGCUCGACACGCCCACUCGGCUGCACAGGCGGCAGUCGACUCCGGACAGCCGCGCGGACAUCGUGCGCUGCGUGGAAUACAAGGAGAGGGUGCUGAGCCCGCAUCGCUACGAGCGCCACUCGCGCGCCGUGUGCGACCUCAUCCCGCGCGCCGCGCACCCGGCGCGUGCCGCGCACCCGGCGCGUGCCGCACACCCCGCGCACCCCGCGCACCCCGUGCAGCCCGAGUACCUGGCGCGCGUGUGCCUCGAGCUCGGCGUGCUCGACGCCACCCCCGUCCCGCCCCAGGACCCGCCCGCUCCUCUCCUAACCUGCUCCGUCGACUUCGAACCCUACACCGAAAAACGGUUCGACACCGCCAAAGAAAACUGCACCCUCUGUGUUCAGUCCAACCCGGACGUCUCCAAAAUACCCUCGCCGCCCAUCAAGAGCUGCCUAAAAAAAUCUAGCAAAAAUCAAGAUUUCACGUCCAGUAUAUCCCUCCCCUCCAUGGAAAUAUUGAAAGAAGAGCCGAAGUCUAAGUCGGACAUCGAGCAGGUGAACAGGGAGUGGAACAGGGCGUACGAUUCGCCCGAGACGGACCGAAUGUUGAACAAGAUAUCCAACGAUUUGGAUUUUUUAUUAAAUAGAACUCAGGACGCUAGCGUUAAUGUAAUACUUGACCAAAUCGAGGAGGCCCCCACGUAGGAUACGGAGUGAAACGUUAGAGACGGUAGACUUUAGCCGUGUAAGUAAACGAAUAACAUGGAAACAGGGGUGCAACAUGCCACUAGGAUAAUGUGUACAUAUUAUUAAAGUGUUUUA